AUGGAUUUCGGUGACUUUAUCCUCAGGCUGUUUUUCCUGGCCCAGAAUGGGAUUGGGGUCCUGGGGAAUACCCUUCUCCUCUCAAGCUACGCCUCCACGGCCUGUGCUGGCCACUUGCUGCGGCCCACGCACCUGAUCAUGGCCAACAUGGCCGUGGCCAACUUCCUGGUUCUUUUCUUCAAGGGGAUCCCUCAGAUGAUAUUUACCUGGGGAGUGGUUUACGUCCUUGGGGACGCUGCGUGUAAACUUGUCUACUACAUCCACAGAAUGGCCCGGGGCCUCUCUCUCUGCACCACUUGCCUCCUGAGCGUUUUCCAGGCACUCACCGUCAGCCCCGCAGGUGGCGGGUGGAUGCGGCUCAAGGACAUAGCUCGGAGGAAGGUGCGUUUCUCGUGCCUUCUCUGUUGGGUGUCCAACCUGCUGAUGAACUUCUUUAUUCCUCUGAAAAUACAGGCCCGUCCACGUGGCCUCAACUCCACCAGCAUGCAGCAUUAUGGACUGUGCUCUUCCGAGACCCCUAAGAUGGCCGCUACAAAAUACACGGUCCUGUUGACCUUUCCAGACGUGGCAUUCAUGGUGUUCAUGGCUGCGGCCAGCGCCUACAUGGUGCUUCUCCUGCACAGGCACCACCGACGAGUAAGGCAUGUGCACAGCCACAGUGGCGCCCACAGACUCUCCCCGGAGACAAAGGCCACGCACACCAUCCUGCUUCUAGCAGGCACCUUCAUUUUCUUCUACUUCACCAACUCUGUCCUCACAAUUUCUCAUAUUUAUUUUUCCCAGUCUCACCUCUGGCUGCAGCAUGUGCCCACCUUUGUGGCGGCCUGUUAUCCCACCCUCAGCCCCCUGAUACUGAUGCUUCGAGAUCCCCGGGCGCCGACUCUGUGUUUUUAA